CACUACGCACCAUUAUCUAAUCCACCACCAAUAACUAUUUAAAAGCUACUAGCCGCUGAAGGACGGGAAAUUCCAGUCUUCGUUUCCUUCAGACCAUGUUCAAGGCGCGCUUGAGUGUUGUAUGUGGUCGUGUACAACCUCGCCCGGCAAAAUCGUCGGUCUCCGCAGCACGAACUUUUACUUCGUCCGCGCCACGGAGCAAACAACGUCUGGUCAUAUUGGGUUCAGGCUGGGGAGGCUAUGAGAUUCUAAGAGCUAUUGAUAAGAAGCGUUGGAAUGUCACGAUGGUUUCACCAACCAAUGCUUUCAAUUUUACGCCUUUGCUCGCCAGCUGUGCUGUCGGUACCCUCGAAUUCCGCUGUGCAGUCGAACCGGUACGGAAGUUUUCUCCACAGGUAGCUUGUUACCAGGCCUGGUGUGAUACAAUCGAUUUCAAGCAAAAGACCCUAAAAUGUACGCCUGCCACGGCUCCUUUGGAAUAUGAAGGAUCCGCCUCUGCCCCUCUUGCGGGGACAACCACAAACGACACUUCGGACCCGGGUACGGGCAAUGCGUUCAAGUUACGUUACGACAAGUUAGUGAUAGCUGUCGGUGCUUACUCGCAGACAUUCAACGUACCUGGCGUCAAGGAGCACGCACAUUUCCUGAAAGACGUGCGAGACGCUCGAGCAAUCAGGACGCGCAUAAUAGAUUGUUUCGAGCAGGCCAAUCAGCCUGUCCUCUCUGACGUCCAACGCCGAAACUUGCUCAAUUUCUGCAUUGUCGGUGGUGGACCCACGGGUGUCGAAUUCUCAGCAGAGCUGCACGAUUUGCUGCAUGCUGAGAUUCAGAAACACUAUCCGACACUCGCACGUAUGGCCAAAAUCACACUUUACGACGUAGCGCCAAACAUCCUCGGUAAUUUUGACAAGUCCCUGGGAAUAUAUGCUGAGAACAAGUUCCGGAGAGACGGUAUUAGCAUUAAAACAAGACAUCAUGUGGAGCGUGUUGAGAAGGACCGCAUGUUCGUUAAAGAACAAGGAGAAGUUCCAUUUGGUCUCCUUGUUUGGAGUACUGGUUUAGCUCCUAAUCCGCUUAUCCAGUCGAUUGAUUCUCUUGAGAAACAUGAUAAGACACAAAGCCUUUUCACUGACCAAAACCUUAACGUUAUAACAAAAGAAGGCCACGCAGAUCCAGAUGUCUGGGCUAUCGGUGACGCUGCGAACAUCAAAGGACAGCUCCAUCCCGCCACAGCACAAGUCGCGAAUCAGAAAGGCAAAUACCUGGCGCAAAAGCUUAACAAAAUCGUCAAAGAUCAGGAGCACACAAAGCCCUUUGAAUUCCAAAACCAGGGGAGCUUAGCUUACCUGGGAGACUGGAAAGCAAUCUAUGACCGAUCAAGUGCUGAAACUGUCAAGACUAAGGAGACCGGACGUGUAGCGUGGCUCCUAUGGCGUUCCGCUUACUUCACUAUGACUCUUAGUAUCAGGAACAAAAUCCUAGUGCCUACAUAUUGGUUCCUAAAUUGGAUUUUCGGCCGCGAUCUGACGCGCUUCUGAUUUUCAUGGCUGCGCCACCUACGCCACGCUCAUUUCACCCAUAGACUGUAUAGACUUAGAGAUAUUACCAUACAUAAGAAUUCGUGU